AUGACAAAAGCGGUGACAUUCUCAUUUAACAAGGUCUACAAUGGUGUUGUAACAGUUAGCUGUGAAGAGUCUAUUGAUGUCCCAAUCUGUCAGCCGUUUAAUUGGCUGCUAUCAAGACUUCUUCUCUCCCACAACAUUCCAAAGUUUGCUGAAAAAGACUUCUCCGAUGACCUCAAAAACUUUGUUAUGGAGCAAGAAAAACGCUGUGUCGAUGAGCGAUUGACUCGUCUGUAUGAUAACCUCACAUCAGAUGACUCCAAGCCAUCGCAGAUUGCAGCCUCUAUAACGGCACGAGUUAAUGAGCGCGUCUGCGAUCGGUUCCAAGCUGAACCUCCUACAGACGAGGAAAUUUUUGGCCAGACUUACACAAAAAUUGUUCAAUCGCCUGCCGCAAUGGAUCUCAUUCAACUGGAGCAGUCUUUCGCCAUAGCCGUGGAGACAGAAGUUGCCGAGAGAAAUCGCGUUUUGCGAGGUCUCCAAGACAGCAUCGUCAGUCGGACUGAAGCGCUUCUCUCGAAAGACAACGAGGUGAUACCAGUCGCCGACGCCGUCUCGGAACUUCAGCGUCAAUUCCACUCCGAAUAUGAGGUACAGAGGAUGACGUGGAAUAGCCGGAUCAGCGAUUUGAAGGAGACCCAGCGUCAGGACUACCGAAACUUCGUCAUGUCUGUCGAAGAACAACUUCUGCAGGCGAGCCUGGAAAAGUCGAAGCCGUCAGUCACGGAGAGCCCAGUUAAAUCUGUCGAUCGUAACCAGGCCACUGGUUUGAGAACUACGGCGCCUCACGCCGAUUCCGCAGAACCACGCUCUGAAAGCUUCAUGAUACAACUGGGGCGUCAGCUUAGAACGUUUUACAAUUUGAAGCUGGUUCAAGCCGACCCGAUGGAUCUUAUGACGACAGUCGUGCCCACCGCCACCUCCAGUAACCACCUGAGCGUGGACGUGACCAUCAACUUGGCGGAACGCCUAAGCAGCGCGCUUGCUGUCUACUCCCAUGAAUUAACCGGAUUAGUCAUCGUUGCGGAUAGUCAAAUGUUCCACUCGACGGAUCAACAGCGUUUCGCGGAAGUUUGUGAACGUUCAACCGACUUCCACUUUCCCGAACUCGAUUUGCAAAUGGCGGCGAUUCAAGAGACCAUGGAUAAACACGAUGAUUCCACAGAAAAUCCUACCAGCAGUCGACGUCGCCGUCCAAAAUUUGGCGAUGUAUACCUCACACGACACUCAAACCUUCGAGCCAGUGCCAUUGGUGGAAAUGCUGGAGGCGGUGGCGGUGUCCAGGUGGUCUUCCACGUCGUCGUAGACGGCGAUCAGUCGUGUGCCGCCGCAGACGAUAAAGCACCACCUGCUGGUCGUUUUCCAGCCUACCUAAGUGCGGCUCUCUCCGCUGUACUGCGCGCUUGUUUCCAGUACGACAUUACCACCCUCUCUAUACCCCUCCUACUAACUCGGCGGAUUACUGAUAAUAUGACCUUGGCCUGGUGCCACCGUCGCGCCGAGGGUGUUCUGAGGGCUGUGAAGGGCGCACUCAUGGAGCUGGCAAGCCUCCGAGGUGGCAGCCAGGUCCUGCGAACCCUCAUCUUCCUCAUUCCGCCCGACCUGCCGCCAAAGUUUUUCGACUCCUUCUCCGGCCUCGUCAAUGCCUCCUUCCAACAGGCCAAUCCCAUCGUUCCCACACCAGCCUCCUAG